AUUCCUUUAUUAGAAAAUCUUGACGUUCAUAAAGCAACAGUUCUUGCAAGUGAGGAGUCAUAUGAUAAGUCAUUAACAGAAAUGAGUAAACGUAUCAAAGAAACCGAAGCCGAGAAUUUACGUUGCGGUCGUAAACGUCAAAGAGUAGAAGAUCUAGAUAGAUUGAAAACGGACUAUUAUAGGCAAACAUUGGAUACAGAACAAAAUAACCUCAAUUUUAUUCUUUCUAAAGUUUCAACAGUAGUUAGGGCAGAAGUAGAUAUUUAUGAAAGAAUUUCCAGUAAGGGAGUUGCAGACCCAAUAUUAGAAGAAAAUGCAAAUGAACCUUCAGAGAUAUUCACAGUUCUUCCACCAAUUCCAAUUGCUAAUCCAAUUACAGAAUUCUCUAGUGCAACAGCAUCAUUAAUAACGGAUAUGUCAGUCGAGGACAAUUAUAGUAAAGGCGAUCAACAACCAUUAACAAAAAAGUUGGAUGAACAAGAUGAUUUAAACAAUGAAGAUGAAAUACCUCGUGAUGAAUCUUUAGAUAAUGAGAACCCUCACGGUGAAGAGAAUGAACAAUUUAAUAUUUGGUCAGACAAACCUUUAUUAGGACGUUAUUUCAAUCCUUCUCUCAACUCCACUUUUAAAAUUUCAGAUGAUGCGGAAAUAUUACAUGAUAAAGAGUUUACAUAUGAAGCGGAAGAUUGUGGGUCAGAGGGUGAAUUCGUAAACAAUUAUCCUAAGCGUGAAAACACGAAUGAUACACAAAAUUUGGAAUUUUCACGAACAGAUGAUGAAUCCACAUUAUCAAAUACUAAUUCAGCAUAA